AUGAGUGAUCCAUUUGAUGUUUUCGGAAGCGACUCAGACAGUGAAGAUGAGAAUAAUCAAGGAAGGAAUACAGAGUCAGUAGAAGUUGCCAGCUCGCUGAUCAAUGAAGCAAAUGGGUUGGUUCAGCAGCAGCCAAUAACUUCGGAAAAUACUCUUCGAGCCUCUCCUGUUGAAUCAUCAUUACCGUCGAUCCAAAGAGAUUUGGUCGAUAUUUCCAAUCUGGAAGCAGUCAACUUUCCUUGGCCCAAUCCACUAUUCGUUGAUGAUUCGGCUGUUGCAGUGUACAUCAUACCAAAGUUUGGCGGAGGGAGGGCAUUUUGUGCGCGAAAGAAACUAGACCCUGGAACUACAGUCUUGGUGGAAGAACCUGUUAUGGAAUGGCACCAAGACCAAGUUGGCAGAAAGCUGGACCUCUCCACCGUACGAUUUCUUCUGGAAAAUGAUAAAGCUUUGAAUCUAGUACACUGGCUCGAGUCGUUUCAUCCGCUGAAGAGUGUUAUUGAUCAAGGACCAAACGAAGAAAACAGUUCGGACGAACAAUUAUGGCCCAUGAUGGAGGAAACUAAAAAUGAAUGCGAAGAGUUGGAGGUGUCAGAACUGGCAAAGCUUGCAGAGAAUCGAAAAAUCGUCUGUCGCGACAACUCGGCCGUGUCAGAGGCUGAUGUUCUAAGAAUGCUAUUGUGCAUUAGAUACAAUGGACUGGAAAGUGGAGUCUACUUGUAUGCCGCAAUGCUCAAUCACAGUUGCUUUCCAAACUGUGCGAAACUACGUCCAGAAGGCGAUCAGACCUUUUCCGAGGUUGUGACAACCAGAGAAGUCCAACCUGGAGAGAUACUCACAAUCAACUAUUGCCCAAACAUCAUGUCACACGCCUCAAGACGCCAUCAUCUUUACAACCAACAUCGUUUCGACAUUUCGGCGGACGUGGAAGAACCUUUCCGUGCUAUGGAGCUAGUAAAUGACGAAUUGCCGCCAUCAGCGGUCGACCGUGUGGACGACGACAGUCCAACACUUCGAGUGGAAAAGUCACUCGAUGAAUUCGAAGCAAUGCUUCCCGAGUUGGUUGGGCUCGCAUCAGUUGACCAAUCACGAAAGGAGGUCCUGAAGGCGUUAGAGCUAUCCAUUCAGGAACUCUGUAAGCAGUCAGAAGAGCAUUUGAGUUCAAAUCAUUUACUUUUGGUUCGAGGUUUGAUUUUGCAUUUGGACGUCUGCGAUGCGAUCCGCCGGACAAACGAAUUGCCCAAGAAUGCUCUUGUAUUGAUUUUGUGUCGGCAAGUCCAAUCGGCAUACCAGUUGAUCGAUCUGCAAUCUCAGUUAUAUGGACCAGAUCAUUUUGACCUGGCAAGAUCUCACGAAGACAUGUACGUCUCGAUAUCAGAGCUCCUGUCUCGUUCACCAUCACAUCUUUAUGGUUUGGGUUUUCCUGGUCUUGGUAGCUUUUCGCAGUGGUCACAGAAAGAGCGAGAAUCAAGGAACGAACAUCACCGGAUCAAGGCUCUUUACGCAAAGAAAACUAGAUAG